GUUCGCGACGCAACAGCGUCGCGAGUUUGCAACGCCAGAUGUCGGAAUCGAGCAGCUGUGACGAGCUCCAAGAGAAGCUGCGCGAGGAGGAACGUGAACUCCGGGCCACCAAAGCUCACGAGAGGGCCAUGGAGAUUGACUUCCAAGCCAAGGAAGCAUUGGUGCAGAAUCUGAUGGAAGAGCGGAGCAUACUUAAAGCCAAGACCCAGGCGCUGACGAAGCAGUUGGAGAGCAACGUUGUGGAGCGAUGGCUCUGUGGAUGCCUGAGUGGCUUCGGAAAAAUGUUCUCAAGCUCUCAGUCUGAAGGCGCUCAGUUGGAGGCUAUCGCCGAAGCCUUGGAAGAGAAGGAGGAAACAGCCAUCAAAAGCGAAAUCGCGGGUGUGUCAGAACUGGCCGAUGGUCAGGCCGGGGUGCCAGUGAUCAGCGCGAUGGCACGGUCUCGCGUGAGCUUGUUGACGCUGCUGGCGUUGGCAGCGGUGCCCCGGUUGUUGCUGCUGUCAGGUUUUGCCAUGUGGCGGCAAUGGGAUUUCCCUGUGCUUUGCUUCUCCCCCGGACUGGGCUGGUUCAGUCGAGAAGAGACCAAAGAGCAGCUGGAAAAGACGGUAAAGGUCUGGAAGCAGCCACACAACUUCCGCAUCGUGGGGAGCCAAUUUUCGGUGGAUACCAUCUCCCAGGGCGCUGAGCAAUGGCAAGUCAGGGCCAUGGAGACGAAUGGCAGCAGUGCCAUGUUCGCUGCACGCGACAAGGGACAGGAGGUGUCCUAUGGCAUCAACUACGACUCCAGCAAGAGCCACUGGAAGCCACCCCUGAACACUCGGGUCUUUGCCACCGGCAUCAGCGACGAGGGUGACGCGCCAGAAUGGACCGUCCGAGUGGAAGGCCCCGGCCGCGCGCCAAAGCAGCUGAGUGUGACGGGGAAAGGUCUGGAGGACGUGGUCUAUGACGCCUCCCUUGGCGUGGAGAGGCGUUUGAAGCGCGGCCUCUUCUGGUCCUAUGCCUUGGAUGCCAAAGGUCGCGGCGAGGGCUGGAAGCCCUGGAUUCGCCAAGGACUAGGACUGACGUAUGCCCCUCCUGCGGGAGAUGUCAAUGCCAAGUUCAACGUCUUUCAAGCCGAGUCCAAGGAUCCCAAUGGCACGGUGUCCAUGGAUUGGGAAGGCCUCUUGAGGGUUCGCUUGACCGGCUGGAGCAGCAAACAAGGUGGAAAGAUCCUUUCGACGGAUCCACAGUACACCUUCCGCCUGAACCGCGACGGCCUCGACGCCCGUGCCCGCGCCAGCGCCAAGCUGGGCACGGCCUUUGGCGCGGUGGCGCACGUGUCGCCCGAGGGCGAGUACCAAGCGGAAGGCUUCGCAGAGUGGAACAAUCGGAAAGAGGUGCUCGAUGGCGUCGUGCUUGGGGCCGACGCCAAGGCGGUGGCCAAGAAGGGCCAGGUGGAGCUGCAGCCCUUGGGCGUCACCGCGGUGGCUGCCUUGGACAAGUUGGCGCCCCAGCUGCUGGCGGACGGCUCGACCAUCGGCCUGCGUGGCCGCAUGAAGCUGGGAGAUCAGCGAGAUCGGCCCUCGCUGGCGGCGCUCUUCGGAUUGAAAGCCACCAAGUUGCCUCAAGUCUCCGCCGCGGGCAGCGUGCACUUCCAGGAGGAUGGCGUUACGGGCGUUCUGAGGGUGGUGGCUGAAAAACUGAAGGGCGUGGACGCACGCUACGAGUUGAGCAAGACUUCGCAAGGAGUGAGACAAGCUGCAGACAUCAGGAGUCCAAAGGUGGACUUUGGGGGCGGAAGUCAAUUGCGUUUGACCGGCAAAUUCUACAAGGGUGACGAUUUCGGUGUUGGAAAACCACGCGUCCAACUGGGGGUGCAGUACGAGGGCAAAGUCAAUGUCCUGGGAAAGACCUUGGACCUGGGUGGCGACUCAGCGGCCUUCGACAGCGGACGCAGCCUCUUAGACGAGAUGGGCAACCCUUGGAGCAGCCCCGAAGCCCGGAAAGCGCGCAACACCGCCAGCAUCUUGCGUAGACGCGUGGAGAGCGAUUUUGGCGAAGCCCGUCGAUGGCUGGAGAAGUGA